AUGGAAGAAUUGAAACAAAAAAUAAGAAAUUUAGAAGAGCUCUUAGAAGAUAAAGAAAAUUUGGAAGUUCGUCACCAGAAACAGAUAAGAGAAAAAGAAGAAGAGUUGCAACAAAUCAAAGACAAGUUCGAUGAUCUGAAACGUGAGAAACGAGACCAGAGCACGAGAUGUAACACACUCUCCUGUCAGAUCAAACAACUUGAAGCAUUGUUAAACGAAAAAUCAGAAGAAUUAAUAAAAGUUCAGCAACAAUGCGCCACAUACGAGACGACCAUACAGAAGUUACAAGAAGAUAUCGAAAAAGCUGAUAAUAUUAUUAAAGAGAAUGCGUCCGUUCGUUCGGAGGUGUGGUCCCUUAGCGGGCAGGUGUGUGCGUGGCGUCGUCAGCUAGCGGCCGGCGCCGGCCAGCUGAAGGACCUCCGACGGGAACUGAGACGAGCGAGAGAACACUGCCAACAUCUCGCACAACACUACACUGAGAAGUGUGAGCUGGUGGAGGAGUUACGCUCGGAGCUGGCUGAAGCUCGAGCUGGAGGGGCGGAGCUGUGCGGGGAGGCGAGGGGGGCACUCAGAGCGGCGCGGGCUGGACUCAGGGCGCUCAGGGAGGACGCACGUGAGAAAGAAGAAAAAAUUAGCCAACAGGACAAAAUCAUACGCAGCCUUCGAGAAAAUUCGACGAGGAACGUCUCGAAACAAUCCAGCGUCGAGGAGGACGCGCCGUGCUGUUCGAGAUACUUACAGGAGAUGGAAAUAAAACACAGCGACCGCGGGCGUGGAGCGAGCGAGAGGAGCUGCUCCCGGUGUACCUGCUCGGGUACGGACCGGGGGGCGAGUGUGUGUGACACGACUCAUAGUACUACACCGCCCACACCACCCAGGAGGUUGUUGAGGAAGAAACCCUUGUGUAUAGACAGGAGAUGUCAGUGGCCACAGGUUCGCGAGGCGUCCGUUUGCACUCCAUCAAGGACUCCGAUGUCCUCUAUUGCGAAUAGAGAAUUGUCCACCAACUCCCUUUUAGAGCGUGUGGAGCGAACACACGAGGCUUUGGAACUGGCACACCGCCGCUGGUGCAGACACCGCGACGGACACGACCGACCGGCCGCCUCGCGCGACGUGGACUGA